GCUAAACCUAUCAACUUAGGUGGUACAACGAACUACAACUGUAAAAAUUCGAAUGUUGAUGUUGAGUAUCUUCUUCUACACAACUUUUCUUAGUUCUACACUUCUGCCACAGCUUCUACGGUGACACCUCUCUUCUUGGAGUUAGCAGAAGUGCGACUACGCACCAGCAAGCACGAUCAAAAUGUCGUCCUCCGCCUCCAUGAUGCUGUCGAAGAUCAAGACCGAGUCGGAGUCUCGACUAUCGGAGCAGAAGAAAGUGUCGGAACGGAAGAAAGCUAUCUUAGUUUUCAUCCAACGGCAUCUGCAGGAUGCGGGCUAUCUCAAUGCGGCAACUGCGGUCAGUCGCGACACGAAUCUAUCACUCGACAGUAUCAACACUGCAGACAAUGUCGAUUUGCCGAUUAUUUUCAGCGAAUUCGAACAGUUUUACGAGAUGAAAUAUGGAAAAAAACCGAAAUUCUUAGCACACGGCGCUCAUGCAGGAUUAAGGUCAGCUUUUAAUAUCCAUUUUUCUCAGCAUCUCGACACCUUUUCCCCUUGUUUUUCGUGGGAAAGGGGUGGAGAUGAGGGGACCGAGAUAGGUAAAGGGGGCUGACUCUAAGAGGAGGAGCUGCCGCGUCAAAUAGUUCGAUUUUGAACAGUGCAGGAGUGCCAGUGGUUAUGGAGGCCGCUCCUACUUGUUCUUUCUCAUUCUCUAGUGAGUAGCUCCUCGUCCGGAUUAUAUCAUAAGUACAUAACUAAGUAGUUCUUGGGUCGUAGGCUGUCUCUACUGUCUCGGUUUCCACUGGUGUGAUCAGUUGCAGACUGAUACCUUACGGUCGUCACGAAAGACAAACAUGACAUCUUCUUCUUGACGAGCAUCAAGACCACUGAGAGCAUUCUAGCAAAAAUGCAGUAAGUGUAAUUAACCAGAACUUGUUGUAGGCAGCUCUAAAUCAUCUUCUGGGAAAGGAGCGUUAGGAGGACCACCUGACGGUGGAGGACCGCGUCGACUCUCCACUCGCGCUGUAAAAAAUCCUACUGGAGGAGGCAGUACGCAGCCGCCUCAAGCGCCAGGAAGUCAGGUGUCAGCUGCAAAUCACGUGCCAAAUGACCCAGCGACGUCAAGCACCUCUGGCGGAACGCCUUCAGCUCAGAGUGGUGGAGAUCAGACGGAGAGUGCUUCAACGGAUCCGCCCAAUUUAAAUGUGGUAGGCCAGCGAGCGGGUGCAGGUGGAGCUACCAGUCUAUGAAAGAAUAACUACAGUCUCCUGCUUUAUCGAACAUUCCAGUCAACCAGAACAUCAAGCAUAACUAGAAUAGAAAAACUUCUUCUUGUCCAGAACCAGGACGAAGGUGGGAGCAAAAGGCUCCAACUUUAAUUUCUUGGUACUAGCUGCUUUAAAAAUGAUCUGCGGGCGACCAUUUCGUGAACCGAGUACGAAAACCGAUGCCUCUAGAGUACUCAUACAACAGCGAAUUGCGCGAGCUCGCAACAUUGAUAGAUUAUGGCUCCUAGCUGUACUAAAUCGCUAUCUCCUAUAUAAAGAGCACGAUACCUAUUUUUUCAAAGAUAUACAACUAGAAGAGCUCAGGUUCAGCUCACAGAAAAGACCACGACUGCUCAGCUGUCAAGCUGUCAAGGAUAUAUUUUUAUCUUGAUGGUGAUCGACUAGUACCUCUUGAAGAACGACGGGAACGGACGGUACAGGCUUACCCUGUGGACGGUAAAUCAGAUCCUACCUUAUCUACUUGCUCUAAGUCUCGCGUGACAUAUGCGUCCGAAAUCCUGGGGUUAGCUGGCGGGAUAUUAUUGGGCUGGAGCGUCCCAAACAGUUGGUCUCUGAAGCGGUUUUGUUUCCGAUGAAAUAUCCAAGCCUUUUUCGCGGGAUUCUCACGCCGUGGCGAGGAAUUUUACUUUUAUGUUGAUGUUGACCAACGUUUUAUUGUGAGGACCGACCAAAAGGACAAGUCAUUGCGACUAAUAAAUUGACAAGCUACUGUUCGUUCUAUUAUUGCACCAUAAGCAUAUAAUCUUGUGUGCCUUAGAAAUUCCAAAGUAUGAAAAAUCAACUCCUCGUCGUGACUUCGCAGCCAUCUUCAUACUGAUUCGGUCCUCCCGGUACCGGGAAAACGAUGGUGGCGAAGGCUGUUGCGACUGAAUGUUGCGUGACGUUUUUCAAUAUUUCAGCGAGCACGAUCGUCAGCAAGUGGCGCGGUGAAAGUGAGAAACUGAUUCGCGUUUUGUUUGACUUAGCCAAACAUCACGCACCAAGCACUAUCUUUAAGGGACCUAUUUUUUCUCGUCCGGUGUCGACGUUUGAUAUUUUACAGACUGUUGCACUUCUAGCAAAAACGGUUUUGAGUUUGAGCUUCAUAUUUAGAAGAAAAACAGAGGACAUCAAGAACAUCCAGAAUAUCCAUCAUUGUAUGCUUACAACUACCUGUACCUAAACCUACUCUAAAGUUAUCAUCGAUGAGCUGGAUUCAGUGAUGGGUGCCCGUGGGGGUGGAGACGAGCAUGAGGGGAGUCGACGGUUGAAGACUGAGAUCCUGAUCCAGAUGGAUGGGCUCAAUUCUGCAACGAGCAGUAACACUACAUCGACGGCUGUUGCAACAGGUGGAGGAGAAAAGGGGGCAGAGGAAGAACCUCCACAGGUACUGCUUGUUAGGGUGCCACGACAUAGACAUUACAUGAUCACUUUUAUUUAGAGGGUUUAUUUUUGGAACUACAACGUAUUUAAAAGUUCUUUUUCAUUUAGAUCUCCAACAAAGAAAGCAUCUGUUUCACUUAACUUGUUUCUUCUACGAUUUAGUACCUUAAUUACAAGAAAUUCAAUCUUGUUCUACUUGAAGGAAUUCGAAACCUCGCAAAACGACUACAGACAAACCUCUAACAAACAAAACAGGUCUACUUUCUCCUAGCUCCUCAAACAUAACAGGUCUUUCUCCUAGCGGCGUCCAACCUUCCUUGGGAUUUGGAUGCCGCAAUGUUGCGUCGUUUGGAGAAGCGUAUUUUGAUCCCCUUGCCCAACGCAGCUGCUCGCGAGAGCUUGAUCCGUAAAAACCUCGCUGGACGGGUCAAAUGGAUUGAACAAGGAGGUAAGAGGGCAGGAGAGAAGGAUGGAGUCGGAGAAGGACAUGAAAGUAGGCACGAAAGUCAAUCAUAUGAUGAAGGGAAUCCGAAAACCAAUACAGUUAAGGCUACCGCUAUUAAACCUAAACGACCUAAGCCUCAGCACCGUCCCUAGGUCGUUUCGUCCUUCCAGGGAUGCAAACACGUGGUAGCUCUAAUGCGCCCACUUCUUCUACAACUUCUACUACUACACUUCUUAGGAUAGGAACACGUGGUAGCUCUAAUGCAGCCACUUCUUCUACAACUUCUACUACUACACUUCUUAGGAUAGGAACACGUGGUACUGGUAGCUCUAAUGCAGCCACUUCUACAACAAGCGCUGGAGUUGGAGAAGAUUUGCUGGAUCCCGUAGGUCUUUCCCGGAUUCUCGAAGGGUGGUCUGGCGCAGACAUUCGACUGUUGUGCAAGGAAAUCGCUAUGCAUCCUUUGCGGAGGACUCUAGCCCGACUGGAGAGCAGCUCUUCCGCUUCAUCCAGCACUGUAGCUGCAGGAUCCGGCGCUGCGGCGGUCAAGCGAGGAGGAUCUUCUAAUAAAGAGAUGAAUAGUAAGAUGGAUGUUCAGAAUGCUAUGAAUGCCGCACAAAUGGACGAGCUAGUCGUGCCGCAGGAUAUCGCGCAAGCGCUCGCGCGAGUGAGAGCAGCGCCACUCUCUUGCGAUCUCGACAAAUACGAAGAGUGGAAUCGCGCAUUUGGAUCAACGUGAGGGCGCCAUGUUUAGCUCUUCAUGCGGUGACUGGACGCUGGCCGGAUGUAGUGGUCAUGAAUUAGGUGUAACAACAAGCAUUGAAUUCAUCACUAUCGUGUGAGGAAGAACUUGAUAUUCAACAACAAGUCUUCACUAGACAAAAGGAAAUGCAAAAGUCCGCCUCUUUGCGACUCAGAAAUACCUGUUCGUCUUUUUGUGC